AUUUUAAACCCUAACUAGUGUAAAUCCAAUUAGUACCUUGUGAUCAUCUUCUGGUACUUUCUGUGAAAAUGGCAAAUCCUAGGGUGUUCUUUGACAUGACCAUCGGAGGCCAGCCAGCUGGCCGCAUCAUUAUGGAGCUCUUCGCCGACACAACGCCAAGGACCGCCGAGAACUUCCGUGCACUCUGUACCGGUGAGAAGGGAAUUGGCCCCUGCAGCAGGAAGCCCCUCCACUAUAAGGGUUCCUCCUUCCACCGUGUCAUCCCCAACUUCAUGUGCCAGGGUGGUGACUUCACCGCAGGAAACGGCACCGGCGGUGAAUCAAUCUACGACAUCAAGUUCGCUGACGAGAAUUUCGUCAAGAAGCACACCGGACCGGGUAUCCUGUCGAUGGCGAAUGCGGGUCCGAACACUAACGGAUCUCAGUUCUUCAUCUGCACCGCGAAGACAGAGUGGUUGGAUGGGAAGCACGUUGUGUUCGGGCAGGUGGUCGAGGGCAUGGAUGUGGUGAGGGAGAUCGAGAAGGUUGGGUCCAGCUCUGGCAGGACGUCGAAGCCGGUGGUCGUCGCUGAUUGCGGUCAACUGUCUUAGACGGUGUAGACCAAAGCGUUUAGUGGUGGCUCUGAUCUAAAUGUACACCUGCUUGUGUCGUCGCCUUUUAUGGAGUUGUCGUUGUUUGUUUUUAGUCUAGUUUUAGUAACAGUGUUAAGUUGAAUCGUAAAAAUAUUAUGAGAUGAGCUACUAUAGAAGAAUAAAAAUGUGGGCAGGUGGUAAUGACAACUAAGACAUUUACAUAUAUAUGCAUGGUAUAUCUUUAAUUUUUAGUUA